AUGAAACGUGGUAUUGUGAUUCUUGUGGUGUAUGUAGAUGAUAUUGUUAUCAUCGGUAGUGACAAAGAUGGGAUACAAGUUUUAAUCCAUCACUUGAGUUCUGGCUUCCUUAUUAAGGAUUUGGGCAAACUUUGGUAUUUUCUAGGAAUUAAGGUGGCUCGGUUAAAACAAGUCAUUAGUCUUUCUCAGUGGAAGUAUACUCUUGAUCUCUUACAAGAUACUGGAUAUCUUAGUUUAAAACCUGUAGUUACACCCGUGGAGACUAAUGUAAAACUUAAGGUGGAUGAUGGUGACCCACUCGAUGAUCCAGAAAUGUAUCGGAGACUCAUACUCAGUGUUGUGAGCCAGUCCAUGACCAGUCCUCGGGUACCUUACAUGGAGGUAGUUGUAUGCAUCUUGAAGUAUCUCAAGGGUGCUCUAGGACGUGGUCUGCUUUAUCGAUCUUCUGGACAUCUUCGGAUUAAGGGAUGUACAGAUACAGAUUGGGCCGGUUCUCUUUUUGAUCGACGGUCCACCACGGGUUACUGCACCUUCAUAAGAGGAAGUCUAGUAACUUGGAGGAUUAAGAAACAGUUAGUUGUGGCUCGUUCCAGUGCUGAAGCAGAGUAUCGUGCCAUGUCACACACUGCCUGUGAACUUGGUUGA